CAGCUCACACAGCACACAAGGGAGAGAAACAAAGAGAGAGAAAGAUAGUGACAUUCUAGAGAGAGAAACUUCCGUUCCGGUCACCGGAAAACCUGUUCAGCUUCUUUCCACCACCGGUAACUAACGGUGGUUCCGCCGUCUGGUUCAAUUCUCCGGCGAACUCCACCUCCAACUGCAUUUGAUUGUUCCUGUUUCCUGGAUCGUGCCUUCAACAACACUCUUGGUGCUGUUUUCUUCAACUUUUUCUGCUUUGUUUCACUCUGAAGCUUCUCCAAGAAAAAGCAAACUCACUACCUUCCUUGGUUUCUAGGGUUUGGUGUGUUGUUACACUUUACCUUCCUCUGAGCAUUUCUCGUUUUGCUCAAUUUUGGUCCAUUGAUUUGUACUCAGCUCACUCACUCUUCAAUUUCACAUGGGUUGUGUCUAGAGUUUGGAGAAUGCGAGCUUUAUUCAACAUGAGAGCUCUUCUUUUGUGCUUGUUGCCGCUGAUUCUGACGGCGGCGGCGGUGGCGGUGGCGGCGGUAGCUGUGAGCCCGUCACUGAACGACGACGUAUUGGGGCUGAUUGUGUUCAAAGCUGACAUACGAGAUCCGAAGGGGAAGCUGGUGUCAUGGAACGAGGAUGAUGAGAGUGCUUGUGGCGGUGGUUGGGUUGGGGUGAAAUGUAACCCUAGAUCCAACAGGGUGGUGGAGCUGAACCUUGAUGGGUUCUCUCUCUCUGGGAGAAUUGGGAGAGGUUUGCAGCGUUUGCAGUUUCUGCGGAAGCUUUCUCUCAGGAACAAUAAUCUCACUGGGAGCAUAACCCCCAACAUUGCUAUUGUUGAUAAUCUUCGGGUUCUUGACUUGAGCAACAACAAUCUCUCAGGGGAGGUGCCUGAUGAGAUUUUCCGACAAUGUGGGUCUCUGAAGACUGUUUCCUUGGCGAGGAACAAGUUUUCUGGGAACAUUCCUUCCACUUUGGUCUCUUGUUCUUCUCUUGCUUCCAUUGACCUGUCUCUUAACCAGUUUUCAGGUUCUGUUCCCUCUGGGGUUUGGGCGCUGAGUGGGCUCAGGGCUUUGGAUUUGUCUGGUAACAUGUUGGAGGAAGAGAUUCCAAAAGGGGUUGAGGCGAUGAAGAAUUUGAGGAGCAUAAGCUUGGCGAGGAAUCAGUUAUCUGGGAAGAUUCCAGAUGGGUUUGGAAGUUGUUUGCUCUUGAGGUCUGUUGAUUUCAGUGAGAACGCUUUCUCCGGUGGCAUUCCUGGCGAUUUGAAGGGACUAGUGUUGUGUGGUUACUUUAGUUUGAGUGGUAAUGCUUUCUCAGGAGAGGUUCCUGAGUGGAUUGGAGAGAUGAAGGGUCUUGAGACAUUGGACCUUUCCCGGAAUAGAUUUUCUGGUCAAGUGCCAAGCUCUGUAGGAAAUCUUCAGUCACUGAAGGUUUUGAAUUUUUCUUCCAAUGGUUUCACUGGUAAUCUGCCAGAGUCUAUGGUGAAUUGCACAAGCCUUUUGGCCUUGGAUGUCAGUCAGAAUUCAAUGUCUGGAGGCCUUCCAUCGUGGAUUUUCAAGUCGGAUGUGGAGAAGGUUUUGGUAUCGGAAAACAGACCCAGUGGUAGCCUGGAAACCCCUUUGUUUUCCCUGGCUGAAGUUGCGGUUCAGAGUCUUCAGGUUUUGGAUUUAUCUCACAACGCAUUUUCUGGUGAAAUCACGUCUGCUAUUGCAGGUUUAAGCAGCUUGCAACUUUUGAAUUUAUCAAGGAACUCUCUGAGAGGCCCUAUACCAGCUGCAAUUGGUGAACUGAAAACUUGUUCUAGUCUUGAUUUGAGUUAUAAUAAGCUCAACGGAAGUAUACCUGUGGAAAUAGGAGGAGCUAUGUCCUUGAAAGAGUUGAUAUUGGAAAAGAACUUCCUAAUUGGGAAGAUUCCCACCUCGAUUGAGAACUGCUCUUCGUUAACAACUUUGAUUCUGUCGCAGAACAGGCUCAGCGGGUUGAUACCAGCUGCGGUUGCAAAACUUACCAAUCUACAAAUCGUGGACUUAUCAUUUAACGACCUUACUGGAAACCUUCCGAAGCAAUUGGCCAACCUUCCCAACCUUCUUUCCUUCAAUAUAUCUCACAACAACCUUCAGGGUGAAUUGCCGGCUGGUGGUUUUUUCAACACCAUUUUACCGUCUUCUGUUUCUGGCAAUCCAUCACUUUGUGGCUCUGCAGUGAACAAAUCAUGCCCUACUGUCCUCCCAAAGCCUAUUGUUCUGAAUCCCAACACUACUGACUCUGGCUCUGUACUGCCUGCAAAUUUUGGUCACAAGAGAAAUAUUCUCAGCAUUUCUGCACUCAUUGCCAUUGGUGCAGCUGCUUUCAUUGUAAUUGGUGUCAUCGGCAUAACUGUUCUUAACCUCCGUGUUCGGUCCUCCGCUUCUCGAACUCUUGCUGCCCAUACAUUUUCUGCAGGGGAUGAAUUCAGCCGUUCACCAACAACGGAUGCCAACUCUGGCAAGCUUGUCAUGUUUUCAGGUGAGCCUGAUUUCAGCUCUGGGGCACAUGCUUUACUUAACAAGAAUUGUGAGCUUGGGCGCGGAGGGUUUGGGGCCGUGUACCAAACAGUUCUCGGAGAUGGGCAUUCAGUUGCUAUAAAGAAACUCACCGUAUCGAGCCUUGUCAAGUCUCAAGAUGAUUUUGAAAGGGAAGUGAAGAAAUUAGGAAAAGUCAGACACCAAAAUCUUGUGGAACUUGAAGGUUAUUAUUGGACUUCAUCACUGCAGCUCCUCAUAUACGAGUAUGUCUCUGGUGGUAGUCUGCAUAAGCAUCUCCAUGAAGGUUCAGGCGGAAACUUCCUCUCGUGGAAUGAGAGGUUCAACGUGAUUCUCGGGACAGCAAAGGGCUUAGCUCACUUGCACCACUCCAACAUCAUUCACUACAACAUCAAGUCAACCAAUGUGCUAAUUGAUAGCUACGGUGAACCAAAAGUUGGCGAUUAUGGCCUAGCAAGGCUGCUGCCUAUGCUCGAUCGUUACGUCUUGAGCAGCAAAAUUCAGAGUGCGCUUGGCUACAUGGCACCAGAGUUUGCCUGCAAAACAGUGAAGAUCACUGAGAAAUGCGACGUUUAUGGGUUUGGGGUAUUGGUUCUGGAGAUUGUUACAGGGAAGAGGCCUGUGGAGUACAUGGAGGACGAUGUGGUGGUGCUGUGUGACAUGGUGAGAGGCGCAUUGGAAGAAGGGAGAGUGGAUGAAUGUAUUGAUGAGAAGCUCCAAGGGAAGUUCCCGGCGGAGGAAGCGAUUCCGGUAAUGAAGCUCGGGUUAAUAUGUACAUCUCAAGUGCCAUCUAACAGACCUGAAAUGGGAGAGGUUGUUAACAUAUUGGAACUGAUAAGAUGCCCCUCAGAAGGAACUGAGGAGUUGGGAUGAAUGAUAAUGAUGAGUUAACUUGCCAAUUUUCUUGACAAUGGUGGUUUAUCCGGCGAAGAAGAAUCCGGUUUUGUUCAUUACAGAGAGGAAAACAAUAUUAUUAUUUGUUAGAAAAUGUUUCCUUUUUCAUUGUAAUAUUUUGUAUUUUUAGUCUGUAAUCUGUACUCUGUAGUUGGAUCUGAGAUUUCCUCUGUUAUGGCACACCUAGGAUGCUGGAUUCCUUUUCACCGGGUUCCGUUUUGGACCCCCCUUCUCUGUUAUGGAAAUUGUUGUUCAAAUGCUGAUAUUUCAUAUUCAAGUUUGUUC